AUGACGUCCCCGAACAACACUGCCCCGCGUGAGUGCGUCCAGACUUCCCUCGUGGUCGCAAGUCUGGCUUCCGUCCAACUCGAGUCCCGUGCAAGCAAGUCUCUGGCAGACGAGCUCGACGAUGCGCUCGAGGAGGAGUACGACAUGGCCGAGAAGUAUGCCGACAUGGCCGAGAAAUACGCCGCCAUGGAGAAGAAGUACAAAGCCGCACAAAGCGAGCUCGAUGAGUUGCAGCGGGACUUCAAGGAGCUCAAUGAGAAGUAUGUCACUCUUCAGAUCAGGCAUGCUGAUUUGCAGAACUAA